AAACAAAGAAUGAGCGUAUCGUCCAAUCAAACAAGACUUCAAUUUUAAAUGAGAGCCGAUUGUACCUUCUCCCUGUUACUGAAACCCACAACAAAACCAAAACUGACCCCAUCUGCUCAGGCCAGGAUCGGGGCUCUGGGUUAUACGAAACUCUUUUUCAGCUAGUCAGUGGAUUUUGAGCUCCAGCUGCCUCUCGUCGACAGCUGUUUCAUGGGAACCCAGGAGGGAGACAGAGAUUGGGUAGAUGUGACAAAUGAUCUACUCAGCAAGUGUCACAUAAACCUGAGGCUGAGGAAACUGACGGACUGUGAUGCAAAUGUUUUCAUUGCUCUGUAUGAGAAUAUCUUGGGGGAGAAAGUUCCAGAUUACAUUGCAGCACCAUGCAGUCAAGAAGAUGACAUCCAUAACGUUCAGUCUGUGAUUGAUUCACUGUCCCUGGAUUACCUUCAGAUCAGUCUCUCGCACAUUACAGGACAAAAUGUUGUCAGAGGGGACAAAGAGUCUAUCAAGAACCUCCUGGAAAUCUUCGAUGGCCUCCUGGAAUAUCUCAAGGAGGAGAUAAGCGAGGAGUCACAGAACGGGGAGGAACUGAAUGACAGUCUUAAUGAGGAUGUGCCUGGUGAAAUCAAGGAGCCAAUAAGUUGCAAUGCCACAGAGCACAAGGAGACUCAACUGGAAGGAGCAUCUUCAUCUUCCAGUGGAGAGUCCACUGUCCAUUCCAGUAAACAUUCCCUCCAUUCCUGGAACGCUGAGGAGAUGGGAUCAACUAGUGAGCUCAUUGGGCUGGGAGUCUCGGCACGCACAUUCACAGCCAAACAAGAAGACACAGCCACCACCUCUGGUCCUCUGGACACCCAGGACACUCCACUGACUGAACUGCUGCACUCAGCUAUCACUCUGCAGCCACCCAACCAGAGCAACACCCCCCACAGAACCGAUGCAGACCCACACUCACCCACAGCUGCUGGCCUCAGCCAAGGGCACGCAGGGGAGGAAUCUGCUUCUGUCACUACAGAGACCUCUAAACUGGAGAUAGUUGUUACCAAUGGACUACAGUCUCCUCCCCUUUUCCAGUCCCCUGCUGUGAGUGAGAAGUCUUUGUCCAGUCAGCAAAGAGCCAGGACAGAAGUGGAGGGGGAGGCACUAGAGCCAACUAAUGGGGGUCCCAGGAGGGUUUUGUUCCGCACCCAGCCAGAUGUGCUCUUCCUUACUCUGCAAGAUGAGAUGGCGGCCUCGACCCCCUCUCCACCAGACACAGAAGAGGAAGAACAAGAUAAGGAGGAUCUGAGUUAUACACGAAGACAACUGGAUAGAAGGAUAAGUCACAGGGCAGGCCUCAGUAGCAGGUUGGAGGAGGACGGUUUUGAGGAGCCUCUGUCGUAUCGCAGACAGAGGAACAAGCAAGCAGAAAAGGAGCUGCAUCACAUAUCUGAGAAGCUCUCCCAUCGACUUGAGGAACUCGAUCAGAUGCUUAAACGAGUUAUGAGUGAAAGUGGAGAGUCCAAUGAAGUCCGAGAAGAGGACAAGCAGUCCCACCACAGUGACAGCAUCAUGGAGUGUCGCAGGACUCCCAGAGAACACACAGGAACACCUGACGCUGAAUCCACCCACCGGACACGCUCAUUAUCCCCGUCCCCUCCACGGGUCCGUCGCUCUCUGCAGGGACAGUUAGAAGAUGCCAUGGCACAGGCCUUGAGUCUGGAUGAAGGGAGACAAACCAACCUCACAGCUUCUGAUCAUUCAAGGCGAGAAGACCUACACCACAGACCGUCUCGCAGAAAACAUAUCAAGUAUUUGGAGAAUAAGGCCUAUGAGGAGGAGUUGAAAAGAUAUGAAUACAAAGAACGGGCAGAUCUAGACAAAGCACGCCUCAAAGCUCAGGAAGCUGAGCGACAGUACAGAGAGGCCAUACUAAGGGAUGUUUCCCAAGCCCCCAAAUUGUCCCCAGCUAGAAUGAAGGCCCAGCAUGGGUCACAACGAAACAAACAAACCACACCAGGACGGAGAUGGCAGGAGGCCCCCAGGAAAGCUCCAUCAAUGAAGGUGAAGGUGAAGGAGAAUGAGCUCCUCCCUGUGCUCCUGGAGGAGUUGCCCCACCUUCACAUCUCCCCCCACGCCCUGGGUCGGAUGUGGGAGCAGCAGAUGCAGCAGGUGGACAGACUCCACGCCCAGUCAUCCUCUCAUAGCCAGCGUCGUAGCAAACUCUCCAGCCAGGUGGAGGAAGCCCAGAGGAAACAUGACCUGCUGGUGGAGAUCAACCGCAAAGACCAGGACCACAACAGGCGUCUGAGGGACUUCAAAGAGCGCAUCCAGCAGCAGAAGUCGACCCAGAACAGACUGAGGGAACAGAGGCAGCAGAUAGCACGCGCCAAGAAGUACCACAAUGACUACCAUGUCCAGCACCGUGCCCGCCUGAUGAGGGCCCGCACCAAGGAGGAGAGGACGUUUCGGCAGCUAUUUGAAGAGGGUUUGGAGCUACAGAAAAUCCGGUUGAGAGAGCAGAGAGACUUCGCCAGGGAGCAGCGGCUUGAACAUCAGAGACGACACCAGGAUCAGAUCGAGUCCAUGGAGAACUACUACAAAGAUCAAUUUUCACUACUAGCUGAAAAACUUGCACAAGAGCGGCAGGAGAUCCAGGUUCGGAAAAAAGCUCAAGAAAAGGCUCUGCUGAAGAUGAAGCGAGAGCUGCGUUCCAGGAUGGAGCGUGAGAUUGGGGAACUGCAGAAGAUCAUCAUCCAGAACGACGAGGACGACCACUUCCAGGAUCUGGAAGUCCAGAGGCUGCGUAAUCGGGUCCAGGUGGCUUCCUUCCAGUACAACACUAGCUAUCUGCACUGACCAGGGAAGCAAGACACAGGGACGUUUUAAACUCCGCUCAGUCAAGGCUGGAUUUACAUCAGAGGCACAUGCUGCAAGACUUUGUUGCCGCCAUUCAAAACUAAGGGUACGACAUUCUGACGGCUGAUAAGUACUGCCUCCUCGGCAUCUUCCUUCAGAGAUUUGCACAGGAAGAGGAAAUUCACAUUGUAAGAACUUAUACAAGUCCUGCUUAUUGAUUAUUAAUGAACUGAACACACUCCAACAAAAUGUAGCUAUUAGCUUAUUUAGAGAACUCUUCCUCUCACCUCUGCUGCUAUACCUAAACUUAAUGACACCUUGGACCAAGUCCCCUUCUUCCAUGGGUUUUAGUACUUGACACCUAAGAAUGUUUUAAAGUGGCUCCCUCACUGUGCAGUUUGCGUGUGGUGAUAUUGUAGCAGACAACUAGUAAAAAUGUUCUUCCUCUUGCCAAAUAGGGAGCACUGAUGCAAAGUCAAUAAGUAUGAAUGUCACACACACUGACAGAUUUUUAACUUCUUUUUUCCCCCCCUUAUAUGUGCGAUGUCUUGUCCAUGCUAGUUGAUUAUUUAUUUUUUAACUUUAAUGUCGUUUGAUUUUUAAUUAACUUGGUAUUGUGCUAUCUGAUCUCCAGGGGCGAUAAUGACUUCUUCUUUUCCUCA